AUGGUCCUCUCGUGGAUAACAGCGCAGCGACAGCUCAUACACGACAGGACAGCCUCGCGUACACAAUGGGACAAAAGCUAUGAUUUCAUAGUCGUGGGCGCCGGAGCUGCCGGCGCUGUCGUCGCUAAUAAGCUGAGCGAAUGCCAGUCCGUACGGGUGCUGUUGUUGGAGGCGGGAGGCGCUCAAAGCGCUACGUAUAACGAUAUCCCGGGAAUGGUUUCUAAGAUAUAUAUGGAUAAUGUAAAUGAAUGGAAAUAUUAUAACGAACCGCACGAUUAUUACGGCCAACAAUACGCUGGCGGCCGAGUGCCCGACCCAAGAGGCAAAACACUGGGCGGUAGUACAGCGCACAACACUAUGUACUACAAUCGGGGUAAUCGUCGCGAUUUUGACGAGUGGGCCAAUACGUACGGCGCCGUCGGUUGGAGUUAUAGGGAUGUGUUGCCGGUGUUCAGGGAGUGGGAGAACAAUACGGAUCCAUAUAUUGUGAACAGUAAUUCCGAAUAUCACGGAACUCGUGGACCCAUUCAAAUAUCUACUGCUAAAAAUCCUGAUAAAAUAAUUGAAAAAUAUCAUCGCGUAGUAAAUGAACUUGGGUUUAAGGAUACGGACAUUAAUGGUCCCAAUCAGACCGGAUAUAUGCUUUUGCAAAAAUUCAUUACUGCUCAAGGGUUUAGAUCGAGUACUGGUACUGCAUUUGUAGACCCGAACCCAUAUCCAGAUAACCUGCAUAUAGUGUGCAAAGCAUUGGUCUCUAAAAUACUGUUCAAUGGGUUGACAGCCAUUGGCGUCGAGUUUAUA